GUGGACUGUGUUUGUGUUUACGCUACUGGAGUACCGAGUAGUUGGCGACAAUCAUGAACGAGAGCGGCAUGAGGGGGGGGAGGCGGAUCCCCACCCCUAUGCCACCGCCCAAGGAGGUGCAUCCUAACAGAUCCACCCUGCGAUUGGUCGGAUCGGAGGCUUCAUACAAAUUAAGCCCAUAUGAAAUGGAGGCGCUUAAUGCGGUGAAAGCGACCGCUCCAAAAAUGGACCGCAACGGCUACUUCUUCUACGUGGCCUCUACAGCAAAGAAGAAAAAGAUAAGCCUGAUGCAGCCAAAGCCUCCGCGGAUGGCUUUCGAGGAAAAGCGCCGACCAGGGGUGGCCGAGAGGCUACAUAGCUCCCCUUUUUCCCACAGUGUGGCUUCAGCCGCCACUGAGAACGGACGUGGGGACUCUAUGUCACAACGGGCCGGAUCGGACGCGCCACGCGCGCGUUUGUACACGCAACUCGAAAGUUAUCAACCCCGAUACCAUACGAUACGUGAAAGUGGUGAUAAGAGAGUGGAGAGUGAGUGUAAAAAACGAGUGAGAAACGAGCAGCGGAAAGCUGGAUACCAGAGUGUCAGGACAACAAAAUGCAGUGGCGGUUCCCCGCACCGGGAGCGCAGAAAACGCGAAGAAGAAUCCAGCUCCACAGGAUUCAGUGCUGCCCUGCACCGUGUGCCACCGCUUCCACCGCCAGCGUUGCUUCGGCGACUCGGUGUGAAAGAACCCACUGGCGUAGGCAAGGUAAUAAUCUAUGGCCACGAUAAGGCCGCACAACGCCGGCGCAAAAAACCGGGGCAUAUGGAGGCUUAA